UGACAUCCGAUUACAGCGAUAGCAUUUUGCUUAUGGGACGGGUGCCAUGACCAGCUACAAACCCUUAGUUACAGAAGAUGCUGGUAAAGAACGCGCGAGAGAGUGGGCGAGAGAAGUGACUGUCUCAGAUUCCUUUCCCUUGGAUGUUUUGGAAGAUGUUGCCCCAGAAGAAAUUCCUUCAGCUUUUCGCCCAGACAUCGAAGCUCAGUUUAACGGCACUGGAAGAGAGGCCGCCUGCUUGAAGGAUGCAGAAGCUACCGGAUCGAUCCGGCGUUGCCGGUGCCGUAUGGAGUGGGCAUGGUGCGCAUUCUUUCUCUGUGGUUUGGUCAUCCUCCUGGCUGGUGCUUUAGCUGAUUCAGCUAGCAAAAUGCUAGAAGAGGUAGAGGUGCGCGCCGAGCUGAGAGCAGAGAUUGAAGGUGCUGAUUCCACGACAAUGACAACGAGUAGAGCGAGUAGCACGAGUAGCACGAGGAGAGCGAGUAGCACUACAACUCCAGCUGUAGUCACUCCGGCAUAUUUUGUGACACUAGACACCGAGGGCACACCUUUGGUGACGAAAGCUGGUGCCCCAUUUGAAGUCUUCAACCUGGGCAUGGGGAGAACAUGGGACGGCUUCAAGACAAAGUUUGAAUUUUUGCUGCCUUUCUUGGAGAACCGAGCGGAAUCAGAUCUUAUUGUUUUCAUGGAUGGUGCAGACGUGUUCUGGGGAGGUUGCGACAUGGAACAAUUUUUCAGGUCAUACCAUGAGAUCGUCAACCGAAGCAAAGCGCCCAUUGUCAUCAGUGCUGAGAUUGCUUGUGGUGAGCAGAAGUGCUGGAAAGUUCCUAAGGUGCCAUCUUGGGCGGAUGAUAUGUCGCACCAAAAUCUGGGUGGCGGCUUUUGGGCAGGCUACGUGGCCCCAGAUGGCUGCCGAAACACCUGCUGCCCCUGUCGAAAGCCUCCUGCCGUGAUGUUUUUGAACUCGGGUUUCAUGAUUGGCCCCAUGGGAGAUAUCCGGGACAUGGUGAAAUGGUCGCUGGAGCAUUAUGACGAAGUUUCCACACUCGGGGAUCAGUCGGUCAUUGCGCACUACUGGUUUCACGAGGGGCGUUCCAAAAUCACCUUGGACUAUGCUGGCGAACUGUGCCUUACCAUGUCGGACUUACAACCCUCCGCCUUGUUUAACCUGACUCAUCAUGGACAUAUAUGGAACAAAGCCUUCGGACGGAAGCAGUGUUUCAUCCAUGGAAACGGUCGCAGUCGUGGUCCCAUGUGGGACUUGCUGGGAUCCUUUGCGCGCUCGCCAUAUGGAAAGCGCUAUCUCAAAAUCUUUGCGAAGAAGGAGGACAACGUGACACAAACGGAGAAGGAGAUGAAAACCUUGAAGAAAUCGUCGGAAUAAUCUCAGGUGAAAAAAUAGUUGGGCGCCACAGAUCCCAGAGAGGAGC